GUUCAAUGUCACGAGAUCGGUUUUUAUUAAUAAUUUAAAUGCGUAGCUGUAUGGAGUUUAAUGAAAGUUCGAAUGUUAUGUGUGUUCCGAGUCACUUUCGUUUUAAACAGCAGUCAAAUACAGUCAAAGACCAACACCAUUAUACAUUUGACGUCAAACCGGAGUGGAGAAGCUAAGCAGAGGUCUGUGUUGUUUGUGUAGAUAUUUUGGGGCAGGCAGUGACCAGGACGGUCACCCGCCCUGUGAGCAAUGGUACAUAGACAGGCGAAAAAACACAGAUUGUUUAAUCAUGGCUACAUUACUGGAACGGAUGUUUUUCCUGCAAAAAGUGCCCACACUCAUGCGGGCAACAGCAGAUGACGAAUCGCCCUGUCCCGGUUAUCUCUUUGAGGAAAUCGGCAAAAUUUCCCAUGAGUCAGUGGGCUGCUGCCAGUGUCUUCUGGAGUAUCUCUUGGAGCGACUGCAGGUGGAGUCCUGCCACGUCAAACUCAAGGUCCUGAAGAUCCUCCUGCAUUUAUGUAGCCAUGGACCCCCUCACUUCCUCACAGAGCUACGGCGGAAUGCUACUUUUAUACAGGAAGUAAUUGUUUACAGUGGCCCCCCAGACCCCAUCCACGGGAAUGCUCCCUUUCAGAAAGUCAGAAGCUCGGCUCAGGAGUUGGCUAGCCUUCUCUUUAAUGAAAUCAUGUCCUCAGAUUCUGCACUCUCUCCAUGCAAAACAGUAACAACAUCCAUGGGAAUGGGCUCAGAGUCGCACAGGUCUGGCAUGCAGGGGUUCGGAUACAGCCCAGGAAGGAAGGAGUCCAGUGGAGGGAGUCUGUUGGACAAGAUUCAGAAAGCUGCCGAGGUGGUGGCCAGCGCUGUCCUUCCCCCAAUAGAGCAUCCUGGAAUCUGUCUUCAUGACAAUCACUACCACGCUGUGGUGGCGCCCUCUGCUACUGUGGAGAUGGCAAUGCCAGCUUGUGCCUACAACAUCCGAUUGCACAGCCACAGAGCAUCUUACAGGUCUCCAGGGCAAGCUGGUGGAGGCUGGGAGGAAACAGACAGUGGGCACAACUCCUCCCAGGAGAAUGCUCCAGUCAGCCAGGCCUCAGUGGGCAGAAGCAGUAAGUCGGGUGGCUCGGGCAGCCAUUCAGGGGCAAGUCGGGAGAGUGGCGACCUAUCUGAACGUGUUGAGGCCAUGCAGUUGGGGGACUGUGGUCAGGAGAUGUUACUUAUCAACAGUUUAACCAGUGGCUCCAAAGUCUUCCUAUCCAGGGAGGAGAGCCAGCACUUCAUCAAAGAAUGUUCCACUCUCAACUGUGAGGUGGUCGUUGAACUUCUCUCUCGCAAACUCCAGGAUCACACCCAUAUCAUCCAAAUGAGGGCAUUGUGUGCUCUAGCCUGCCUGAUGUCUUCAGACUUUCUCUCUCUAGACCAUAUAUUUAAUAUCACACACAAACGCCUUGCACAGCUUAGUGAAGGAACCACAGGGCCUGUCGCCAACAAGGCAACCAAGCUCCUAAGGCAGUUUGAGGCCUUGCUUGGUUGGGUCACGAGUCCCAGGUGUGACCGUGUUGGGGGUCCAGUGUCAUCCCGCUCUUCACUCUCACACCAGCCCACUGAAUCUUUGACCAACACCAUCCUUCCAGGAACAUUAGUAGAAACAGCAACCUCUAUAAUCCAAUCAGAAAAGCCACCUCAUAUUAAAAGGGAACAAGCAGAGGAGGAAAACAGACCCACGGACAGCUCCAGGGUCCCAGAACCUCCAAGACUGUCGCUCUUCAGCGGAAUGGAGCUCGUGAACAGAAGCAAACCUGUAUGUUUGGUUGAACCUGUUCUUGUUGAGCCAGAUGGCCAGACAGGUGUGGAGGCCACUACAGACACAGACUGUUUGAUUGAGAAAAGCUAUAAGAGAACUGCAGGGUCACCUACAUCUACUGCUAGUGAACCUAAGCAUUGCAGUGAGCAAGUGUCAGCCUUCUCCUUCCUCAAUCUCUGAUGCCAACUUCCAUUUAGAAAUAAAUAAAAAAAAGGGUUUAAAGGAAUAUUCCGGGUUCAAUAGAGGUUAAGCUCUAUCGACAUAAAAAUGAAUGUAGACUUGAUCCUCCUCUUCUUAAAAAAAAAAAAAAAAAAAAAAAAAAAAAACUGGGUUAAAUGAGACCCAGUGGAAGUGAAUGGGGCCAAUUCGUAAAUGUUAAAAUACUCAAAAGUAUAGCCACAAGACAUAAACAUUAUACAUGUUAACAUAAGCUUAGUGUGAUAAACCUUUGCUAACCCUGCUAACCUUUUCUGUGUAAAGUUAUGUUGUGAGGCCUUUAACCCUAAAACAACCAUAAAAACGAUGAUUUAAACAACUACAGCUCAUAAAAAAAUACACAAGUUUUAACAGAGGAAUUAAUAUGUGCUUUUAUAAAAUUAUAAGCUUCAUAUUUCUGCAUUAAAACCCUCCAAAAAUUGGUCCCAUUCAAUUUCAUUGCAAAUGCCUCACUGUAACCUCAAUUUUUGCUUUUUUUUUUUU